AUGGGAAAUGUCCAGCCGUAUCCUAUCUGCGGCUUUGUGCCUCCAUACAUUCUCUCAGCCAUAGCCGACUCUGCCAUCGCCAAACCUGAUCCUGUCGGGGAAAUUUCUCGUGCUGCCUGCAAACAUACGCUUCAACAUGGAACAUCCUAUGCCACUCAACGUCAUGAGCUGUGCGCUAGAACUCAGGUUAGUCCUCCAGAUGCUGGGAGAGGCUUCACCCCCAAAUACGUCCUUGGGGCAAUUGCUGAGUCUAAGCAAUCUAGCAAACUCUGGUGGCAGAAGAGGCUACACUGCCAGGCCUCGUGCAAAGAAAGAUCUACAAUUGCAAUGGAACCGACAAUCUCCCUGGAACGCUUGCGAGAUCAGAAGGAGAGCGUCCAUUACAAACUGAGCAGCACGCCAGAUGGGUACAACAACGCUUUCUGGGACGGUGAAGCGCAGCGAAUGGUUUUCGGCGAUGGCGACCACAUCACCUUUGACUUCCUCACCGACUCGCUGGAUGUCAUCGCCCACGAACUGAGUCAUGGCUUUGUCCAAUUCUCCUCACCGCUUGAAUAUGCAUCGCAGUCCGGAGCCUUGAAUGAGUCUUGUGCCGAUAUCUUUGGCUCCAUGGUCGAGCAAUGGCAUAUGCAUCAGAGUGUGGAUGAUGCGGACUGGAUUCUCGGCCAGACGCUUUUUCCGGUGGCGUUUACGGGUUCUGCGCUACGAACUUUUAAGGCUGGGAAAGCAUAUAAGGACGACCCUAUCUUCAAAACUGACCCGCAGCCAAAGCACAUGGACGAUCUCUACAAAGGGCCUAAUGAUAGGGGAGGCGUCCAUAUCAACUCUGAAAUCCCGAAUCAUGCCUUCUAUCUUGCUACGAAAUCUCUUGGUGGGAGUUCUUGGGAAAGGGCUGGCAAGGUGUGGUACAAGACCAUGAUUUCAGGUAAGAUUGAACCCAACUGCGAUUUCAAGACUUUCGCGAGAGCUACAGUGGAUAUCGCCGGAGAGGAAUUUGUCGAUAAGUCGGUGCAGAUGGCUAUUCGUGAUGCGUGGGUCAAGGUCGGAGUGCUUGCUCAAACAAAGAUCUGA